GAAGUAUCAUAGUGAUUUAGUUCCACGUGGAAAUACCUUUAUUUUGAAAAUCACACACGGCUCAUUAGCGGAAGUGUUGAGUCUCCUGUAGCUAGCUCCACUCUGUUAGCUCUUCUCGCGGUAUAUCGUUGGUAUGCUGUUAGCUUGUAAGCUAACCCCAUCGUUUCCAGGUUUCGUGUCGACCUGAAAAAAAAGCAAACGAGGAGAGACACGGACCGGCUACGCAGCUGAAUACUUUUUAAAUCCAGGCUGCACCGAGGAGCGGGACAAUGCCGCACAACUUCCAGGCCGGAGACCUGGUCUUCGCUAAAAUGAAGGGGUACCCCCACUGGCCAGCCAGGAUUGAAGAUGUGGCAGAUGGGGCAGUGAAACCACCGCCUAAUAAAAUCCCUAUUUUCUUUUUUGGGACACAUGAAACAGCAUUCCUAGCACCAAAGGACCUUUUUGCCUAUGAUAAGUACAGCGAACGUUAUGGGAAGCCCAAUAAACGGAAGGGAUUCAAUGAAGGUUUAUGGGAGAUUCAGAACAAUCCUCAUGCCUCCUACAGCGCUCCACCUGUGCCAGCCAGCUCUUCUGACAGCGAGGGCAACAGUGCCAGGGGAGGAAGUGAUGAUGAGGAGGAGGAAGAAGCAGAAGCCCCAGUGCCACCAAAAGUGGAGUCAGGAAGUGAAGUCGACUCGGAUUCUGGGAGUGAUGAUCAAGGAAAGGGAGCAGCAGUGAAGCGAAAGCCGCCACCUGCUAAGCGGCCUCCGCCUCCAAAAAAGUCUCGGGGCUCAUCCAGUGACCGAGGUGCAGAGAGUGGAUCACCCUCUGAAUCAGAACCCACACCCUCAGAUUCUGACUCUGGAAAGAACAGUGAUCAGGAUUUUACUCCUGAGAAGAAAGCUGGUGGACGAGGUGGGAAGAAAGCAGGGAGCAGAGGGAAGAAGAAGAAGGCUUCUUCUGGGUCGGACUCAGAAUCAGGAUCGGGCUCAGAAAAGAAAGCGGCAGACAGCGAAUCAGAGGACGAGAAGCCGCGGCCGGCUUUGUCAGGCUCUGAAUCAAAGUCUGGCUCAAAAUCUGAUUCAGACUCAGAUCCACCUCCCAAGAAGGGUCCACAAGCACGCAAGAAAGAGAAGCCUGCACCGAAGCCUCGUGCACGGAAACCCAAACCAGCCCCGGCCAAACGAGCGCCUCCAUCAUCCUCCGACAGCGACAGUGACAGUGAAACCGACCACAUCAGUGAAUGGAAGAAGCGAGACGAAGAGCGCAGACGAGAGCUGGAGGAGCGCCGAAAAAAAGAGGAGGCAGAGGAGCUCCGCAGGUUACGUGAGAGAGAGAAAGAGGAAGAAGAGAAAAAGAAAAAAGACAAGGAUAAGGAUAAGGGUAAAAAAGGGAGCGACAGUGACAACAGCAGUAGCUCAGAUGAAGGUGUAGAUGAUCACCCGUUGAAGAAGUCCAAGAAACCCCCUCCACCCCCAAUCCCUGCGCCCUCAGACUCUGAUUCUCCAGCACCAACUGAGGCAAAGAAAUCAUCAAAGAAGCCCGAUCAGCAGAAGAAGGCAAGAAUAAAGAAAGAGAAGGAGAGGAAGGAAAGAAAGGAAAAAGAGCUUAAAGAGAAGAAAGCCAGACGGUCAGAGGAGAAGUCCAGAGCCAGGUCCAAGCCUGAAAAACCCAAACGCAGACCAGAGAGGCAGCCGGAGAAGAAAGUGGAAAAGAAAAAGGAGUCAUCGCCAGAAGAGAAGCUACAGAAACUCCACACAGAUAUUAAGUUUGCACUAAAAGUGGACAACCCAGACAUAGAGCGGUGUCUACAAGCCCUGGCAGAACUUGAGGCUGUGCCUGUUACCAGCCAAAUUCUACAUAAAAAUGCUGAAGUUAUUGCCACACUGAAAAAGAUUCGGCGAUAUAAAGCCAGCGCUGAAGUCAUGGAAAAAGCUGGUCAAGUCUACAACAAGUUAAAACUUCGCUUUAUGGGCAAGCCGGUGAUGGCAGCUAAACCUUCAACAGAGAACAAGGAAGAAGAAGAAGAGGAUGAGAAGCAGACCGAAAACACAGACUCCACUCCAGUGAAUGGGGAAUCUGAACAGAAAAACGAUGAUAUGGAUGUAGAGGAUAAACCAAAAUCACCUGCCCAAGAGGAGAACAAUGAUGAAACUGCUUCAAGUCCAAACAGAAUGAGCCCAGACAGCCCUGCUGAACACACUCACACGUAUGAGGAAGCGGAAAACUCCAUCUCUGCAGAGACCGAGCCACCUGCUAUAGAAAGCUGAAUGAAAGACCCUGAACCACCUCUGCAGUGGACCAAGUGCUAAAGAUGUUGGCCUCUUUGUCUGAAGUCUUGCAGUACUCCUGACCCAGAAACAGUGCAUCACACACCUAGCGUUUCCUACUGUGUUACACCAAUGUUGAUGUUUUGGACUUUUUUGUAGUACGAUAAUAUCAAACGUAAAGGCCUUGUUGCUUAAAAAGUUUGGUCCAUUAUUUAUCACAAAUAAAAGGAAAAGCUUAGUAGGUUAAUAGAUUGUGGCGCCGUGUGAACCCCUUUUGUUUCUGAAAUAUACUUUUCCUUUUAUACGACACUCGGCCCGUCCUGGAUCCUCACCCUGUACCUCCCUGCUCUUGGCUACUUUGUCUUUCUACCACAUGAACUCCUACUUUGGUCUUUCAUACCUUAUGUAAAUUGAAUGAUUACAUUUUUAGCAUUUCUAUCCAGAAUAUACACUGGGAGGAGUAUGAAAUGAAACUUGGACGAUACUUGUUUGGGAAAUUGGGCAGAAAAAGAGCCAUGAUGUUAAUUUUUUCACUUGAGAAUUUUGUGCUGCCCUUGCAUCUUGUUUUGUAAAGCCUAUAGAACAUCACAAAGGCCUCUUGACUGUGUGUAUGACAUUGUGAGAGUGGUAAAGUACUAUUUGUCAGUCUUUUAUGUUAAGUAUUUUUUUUAAUUAUCUGGUCUUCAAGUUAAUCCAGUCUGAAAUGUAAAGCCAUUAAUUGAGUCACUCUUAAAACUGUUUUCUGACUGAACUCCACCCACUUUUUAUAGCCUUGUUUGCAAAUAUUUGCAUCGACAGUUGUCUAAAAUAAUAAUUGCUGUGGAGUUGAACACCUUGCACUCUCGUCUCCUCAUCGUGUCUGCUUUCAGUAGCUUGCUUAAUAUAUGGAGUAACUGUACAGAUUAAAACUGCCCUUAAAAGCUAUUGAGAUCUCAUGUAGCUGCAGCAUAUUUUGCCAUUUUACGUCAUAUGCAUACAACAGGUGUUUUUAGUGCUAUGUAAAUUGGUAUAGCAUUUCUAUCACUGAGUUGAGACUUGAAUAAAAAUCUCAGCAUGGC